GUGCAAAAGCUUGGGUAAAUUCUUUGCAUGCUUCUUGAGUGUUUACUGUAAGGUUCGUCAAAACGUAUGUUGAGUUAAAAGGAUGAAAAACAAAAUUAGUUACAAAAUCGGACUCUGCGGGAGGCCCCCCAAAUUCUACAUUUUGACCCCUGAAGAUGUUCCUCUGGGACUAAAGUACAUGUAUGGACCAAACAGAACCUUUCGUACGCGAUUCAUCGAGGACAACAGUAUUAGGCGGCAAUUGUUUUUUGAAGAGGAUGGGGCUGAGAGUCAAAUUUUGGAUACUCCACUGCGAACUUCAAUAAUUGAUUUCGACUGCAACAAGUCCGGCAAAGAAAUCUCUCUCGGUAAAGGAGGUUUUGGUUCUGUGUUUCUCAGCAUUCUGAAUGAUGAAUUGGUAGCGUGCAAGAAAAUCAAGCUGAACAGCAGAUCGAACAUCGCUUCUCUUGCAAGAGAGCGAAAUGGGUUGGGUCUUUGCCACCCGAACUUGAUUCAAGUCUUUGCCACUUACGCCGGUUUAAAAGCCGGCCUGGUGGUCAUGGAAAAGGCCAGCAGCACGAAUCUGCAGGAAAUUCUCACCAAGUCAAAAAUCAGAUCAGACAGAACCAAAAUCAGAUACACAAGACAGAUUUGUCUGGGCCUGCAAUAUUUGCACAGCAAUGGUAUUUUGCAUCUGGACGUGAAGCCCCAAAAUGUGUUGGUAAAUCUUGGAAGCAACUGCAUAAAACUGGCUGAUUUCGGAAACUCCGCCCUGAUUGAUGGCCUCGGAUCAUUCAUUAGCUUGGGCACCAUACGUUACUCGCCACCAGAGUUUUUCACCAAGGAUCCUGUGACAACCAAAUCGGACGUGUUCUCCGUUGGAAUCACAAUGUGGCAGUUGCUGUUCAACAAAAUUCCUUAUGAUGAUGGUGAGACCAACUCAGCUCUACUUUAUCAGAUCGUCAAGCGUAAUCUUCGUCCAAAGCCGCAUGAUCACCCCUUUUCACCGCAGUUGAGAGGCAUGCGAAUUUAUCAAGAGACCUACAAGCGCUGUUGGGAAGCUCAUCAAGAUCGUCGGCCAUUCAUAAAUAUCAUUCUUCAAAAUUUGGACCUUUCUGAGGAAGAAGUGGGACGAAACGGAGAAUGGGUUGAAAGGCUUUAUGAGCAAUAAUGAAGAAAUGCUUGAAAAUUUAAAUUCUCAAAGAUAUAUUUUUAAAUGAUUAUUUUGAGCAAAUUUUAAAACUGAAAUCUGAUAUUUUGUAAAAUUAAAUGGUUAUAGAAGUCAUAUUUGAUUUAGAAUUGAAUUCAAAGAUUUUUCCUAUGGCAGAAUUAUUUUAUUACAACCAAAAGAGAACAGUAGAAAAAAACUUACACAAUUAGUUGGAGGAAAGAGUGUUCAAAUUCUUCACGAGUCUGGCAUUUCUCCUCCGGGAACAAGCUGGAAUUAACAUAUUUAAAUUAGACUUGUAUGUAAAUUUAACACUCAAUUGUGAUUUUUACCAUAGUUAUAUUAUUUCCGUUCAGCAAAAUCUGGUCCAGCCGUGUGAUUCUGCGUCCCUCAGGUGUUGAUUCGUACUCGGUGACAUCUUCCAGCAUCAUGUUCACGAAAUCGUCGAAUCCUAAGAGGGUGCCGACGAUUUCCUUGUCAUUCUUCAUGAUGAUGUGUAUCCGAGAGCCAAUGCAUU